UUGGCUUUUACGACCGUCUUUUCUAUUUUAUAAUAUACAGCAAAAAGUUUAUUAUUCCAUUGAGAUUCAUGAUCCCAACGCCAUUCUCUAUAUAAAUGUCUCGGGCAUAUGAUGAAAAACGUACCUCAUUUAUACAUAAAACAUAUAAACACCUUACAUACUAAAUCAUUUUAUUAGCACAUAACACAUGGCUAGCUUUAAGUUUUUGAUGUGUUUGUUCUUGAUCUGCGUUUCUUCAUUGUCGUGGUCAUCAGCAUCUCGGCCGUUGCAGCAACGGUUUGCAAACGAAGAUGGAAGUAGACGAGGGCGUAUGAUGAGAGAAGCAGAAAAAGUGUUGAAAGCUAAUAUGGAAAAACUAAUGGGGAGAGGUUUUAAUGAGUCCAUGAGACUUAGCCCUGGAGGUCCCGAUCCUCGUCAUCACUGAGUUCGAGCUCUCGUAGAAUUAAAAGAUGCAGGGAUGUGUUUUUCUUUUUCUCGAUCGAGAACCGGUUUAGAAGAAAACAUAUUGAUCCAUUUUGAAUGUAGCCUUGUUUGUUCAUUCGGUGUAACCAAAAUAAAUAUUGACGUAUCUAUUCGUCACACAUUUUUUA